GCCCUGAGCGCGGCCAUGUUUUUGUACGGAGGCUGCGCAAAGCAUGCUGGGUCCGAGUGGCUGGGUUUUGAAGGCGAGGAUGGCGGGAACUCGUCCCUGGGCUGCGUGAGCCCGAGGAGCGGAGGUGUGCUCGCUCACUUGGAAAGACUAGAGGCUAAAUCCCGUAAAAAAUUCGAAGAGCCACAGGGAGCGGAGAGCGCUCUUGGAAACAAGAUUCGUAACCUGAGGAGCCUGCGAGAUAAACUGAGGGCGGAAGUGAACCGACGUCAGGCCGGGGUAGAAGCCAGUGUAGAACCUGACGAAACAUUUGAGGUCAGUGAGCAAGAAGUUUUGGAAAGAAAACGAGAAAAUGUGAAAUCCAUUCUGCAAGCAUAUCGUUUUACAGGGCUCAGUGGGAAACUGACCAGCCGAGGAGUCUGUGUUUCCAUCAGCACUGCUUUUGAGGGGAACCUGCUGGAUUCCUAUUUUGUGGAUCUUGUCAUACAGAAACCACUUCGGAUACAUCACCAUUCGAUUCCAGUCUUCAUUCCCCUAGAGGAGAUAGCUGCAAAAUACCUACAGAGCAAUAUUCAGCACUUCCUGUUCAGUCUCUGCGAAUACCUAAAUGCUUACUCUGGAAGGAAGUAUCAAGCAGAUCAACUUCAGAGUGACUUUGCAGCCUUUCUGGCUGGGCCCUUGCAGAGAAACUCACUGUGCAACCUGCUAUCAUUUACUUACAAAGCGGAGCCGAGUGGCCAGUCCUUCCCAUUCUGUGCGAGACUGCUAUAUAAGGACCUCACAAGAACCCUUCCAACUGACGUCACUGUUACUUCUCAAGGAACGGAUGCAUUGUCCACCUCCUGGGAAGAACAGCGAGCUUCCCAUGAAAACCUGUUCUGCACAAAGCCCCUUCAUCAAGUGUUUGCUUCAUUUGCAAGAAGAGAAGAAAAGCUGGAUAUGAACCUGCUCUACUAGAAUAUUCUUUGCAUUGAGAACACAUCAAAACCUGUCCUGAGAGAUCAAUUGAAACAAGCUGGCCUUGUGGCAGGAGGAGGGGAGCAAGAUGGACACUCACAGAGUCAAAAUCUGAGAUGAUCUCAUUGAGGAAGCGCAGACACUCAAUGCCACCAUUAUUGAUGCUCUCCUCUGUGUAGAAGUCAGCAAAGUUGGGCAGGGAGGCAAACAUGACUCCAAUCUCAUCAUAAGACUGGCUAUACAGCUCCUAAAAAGAGGCAGGGCCAAAGUGCUCAAAGACUGGUUAAGUACUGUGCUACAGAAAUGUCAUCUUCCACACCGAUAGGUGCACUCAGCUUGUUGGACACACACAUCUCCCAGAUUAUCCCAACUCUGAAUUGUUAGAAAGCUCUCAUCACAACUGACUAAAUUAAAAUUUAAAAAAAAAAAAAAAAAAGCUUCUCUAGUCCCUGUACAGCCCUAGCCGAGAGAAAGGGAGUGGGGAAGUGAGGCAGAAGCAGCAUUCUAUUUGAGCUCACAGCUGGCAAAAACGCAGGCUCCAGCCAAAGUUUCAUCUUCUGAAAAGGGCCUCACACCGGUGUGUGUGUCCCCAGAAACAGUGUCUGUAGCAGGCCUGGGCUCAGAGGUGCUCCCUAGCAGAAAGCCAGAAGACACAACCUCCUGGCUCCAGGCCAUAGCACGAGGUCACCCCUCACCUCAUCUCUCUUCUUGGACCCCAGGAAAUGGCGUGCCACAUGGUCGGGCAACAUGUUGGUGACCAGGGCCUCAUUCCAGCGUCGCAUCUCGUAGACACGUUCCUUCUGGUCAUGGACCUCAAUCUUCCACAAGAACAGUGUCCGUGCGAGUUUUUCCACCUGCAGACACAUGCCAUUUGAUGGGAAGAUGGAAACUGGGAGGAAGAUGGCUACAUGGCAAGGGAAAGAAAAAGACCACCCAGAGCUGCAGCGAGGAGCCGGCCUCUGGUUACAGCAGAGAUCGAAGGCACCUUCUGGAUGUGUGGAGUCGCCCGGGAUCUAACUAGCCACAGGUCUGCCUUAUGGGAUCUCCUGGUCCAGGGAGGAGUCCCAUUUCCAGCUGCCAUGAAGUGGCUUGGGAAGGCUGUACUUCCCCUGGCCAACCACUGGGUGGUACUUGAGCUAACAUGGAGCAGUAAGUCCCUUACUUCCCUGCCCGCUCUUUUUUUCCCUUUUAACCAAACAAAAAACUUCAUCAGCUCUUUCCCUUUCUCUUCUGGCUCCAUGGUCAGUGUGUUAAUGACCCCCCAGAGCCUGGGUGAAUAAAGAUCCGUAAGCCCCUGGCUUAGAGAAUAGAGCUUUUACCCAGGCUCUGAUGCCCCUCCCCCAUGCUUCCUUCAGCAUCCUGGAGUGGGUCAGAAGUGACCAGGAAAAGAAUAAGGUGGUGGCUUGAUAGGGUCACAUGCCAUAUUGGGCAAAGGAAACCAGCAUUCCUUAUGAGGUUGGGUUCUCAGAGCCUACUCCUCGGGCCCUGAUGGGUUGUAAGCAAAAUAGGAGAGAAGGGUGUGCAGGCACUCACGUGGCGGGAGAAGUAGUAGAAACUCAGCAUCAUGACGAAGAUCAUCACUGUCAUCGUGUACUUGGAAGGCACCAGGGGCAGCCUGCAGGGCAGAGAGUAAUUCAACUGAAGGCACCCCGGCUGCUCUCCUAAAAGGUGUUUUAUUCCCAUGGGGAUGCACUCUUUCCUGUCACCCUGGGUCCCAGAAAUUCCUGGCUCCUUUAGCACCUUCACAUUUACUGCCUCCCACUGGGCAACAGUGAAGCUUUCUUAGAUCACUAAGAGCCAACCCAUCCUGGCGCCUCCUGGCUGCACUUGGAAUUCACAUCAGGGCUGCUCCCAGGUGUUUAAUAAAUACUGCAUCAUCUGAUCCCAGAAGUAACUGUAAGCAUGUAGGAGCUUGGAAAAAGGACAGACUACCAUCACAGCAAUGGCAUUGGGGCACAAUUUUGCCAUGCUUUUUUAUAACUAUAUAUUUUUGCAUGGAGCUAUGUAAUUCAUUUUUAUUACUGUAUAGUAUUCUGUUGCAUGAAUAUACCACAACUUAUAUACCAUUCACUAUUUAUAUAAUUUGGAUCGUUUUCAUUUGUUUUGAAUGUUUGUGUGGCUAUUAUGAAUUCUUGUACACAUCCUGGGGCAAAUAUAUGUACAUGGAUUUCUCUGAGGAAUGUGUGUAGCAGUGGAACUGCUGGAAUCUAUGAGUUACCAUUGUACUUGGUAUUAUCAGACUUCUUAAUUCUUGCUAAACUGGUCUUUUGUUAUGGUCUUAAUUUGGAUUUCCUGAUUACUUAACACAUUUCGUACCACUCAGGAGUUUUCUCGUGUUUCGCGAGCCAUCUGUUAAGGACCGCUCACGAGUGUUCUUGUUUUUCACGCCCAUGGAAAAAGGAGCGAAUCUAGAUGCUUAUGUAAAUUUUGUUUGGUCCCUCUUCAUAGAGGAAAAUGUUUUACGCAGUACCAUACAUUAAAAAAGUACUAGGAACUUUAAUUAUUUGUUUUUGUAAAUAAAAAUGUUAUAAUUAUUGAAAAACAA